UCAGCGUCGGCCUGCCGGGAGGAAGAUGCCGUCAGAGGAGCGGAGAGGAGAGCCAUCCAGCGGGGGGAGCUGAAGGAGGACACCGGGGACACCGGGGCCGAAGCGCCGUGCGGCAGCCAGCGGGGACAUGGUGGCAGGAGGCGGCUUCGGGCCGAGCCGGAGCCGCGGCGAAGCGGGGCUGCUGUGAAGGAAAGUCCGGGGCUUCAGCGGCUAACGGCGGCUAGCAGCGGCUAACGGCGGGGACGCCCGGCUCCGCCCGGACACAGCACCGAGUCCCGCCGGACACAGAAUGCUCGCUGAAGGAUAACGCCCGAGUCCGAGUCCCUCUGCUGGUCCUCAGUCAGCUCCGGCUCAGCUCCAGCUCAGCUCCGGCUCAGCUCCGGCUCAGCUCCGGCUCAGCUCCGGCUCAGCUCCGGCUCUGCAGGAUUUCAUGGACUGCAUGUGUUCCACAGGACCUCGUUGUGGAAUGGUUUUGAAGUGGACUCUUGCUGUCCCGGCUCCCUCCUGACUGGACGGACGUGAUGAAGUAGCCGUGGUGGGAUCUGUAGUCGCCCCCCUCUGAGAUCGUUCUGAAGAGUCCUCAGUCUGACCCCAGUCCCGGUUCCCCGCCUGCCCCGUCCCCCCUGCGCCGUCUUUAGGCCAUGGUUCGGAAGAAAGGUUCCCUGAUCCUCUGUGGAGCCUUCCUGUUCGUGGCCUGGAACGCUCUGCUGCUGCUCUACCUGUGGGGCGCCCCCCCGUCGCGCCCCGCGGAAGGCGGCGGCGCCGAGCCCGGAGGGAAGGAGGAGUGGGGCGUGGGCCGGGGGAAGGGCGGGGGGGCCAACCUGGCCGGGGAGGUGAUCCGGCUGGCUGAGGAGGUGGAGGUGCAGCUGGAGACCCAGAAGAAGCUCCUGAAGCAGAUCGAGAGCCACCGGGCGGCGUGGGCCCAGCAGAAGGACGUGGGGAAGAGGGAGGUCGACGGCGGGAAGGGGGUCCGUGAAGCCGCCGCUCAAAACCCCCCAAAGACCCCUCCUCCUGCCGGGGCCAAAGACCAGCAGGACCGCAAACCCCCCGCUCCCACGGCGGCUCCAGACUCCAGGUCAGACCGGCACCCGGCCACCCAGACCGAGGAGGACGUCACCAACGGGAAGGGAGCGGCGGCCGGUCCCGGGACCGGUCCCGGGCCCGGUCCAGAAGUGGUCAUUCCCAUCCUGGUGAUCGCCUGUGACCGAGUGACGGUGAAGCGCAGCCUGGACAAACUCAUCCAGUUCCGCCCCUCCCCCGAGCUCCACCCCAUCAUCGUCAGCCAGGACUGCGGCCACGCCGAGACGGCUCGCGUGAUUGGCUCGUACGGGGAGCAGGUGACCCACAUCCGGCAGCCGGACCUGUCCGACAUCAGGGUCCGGCCCGAGCACAGGAAGUUCCAGGGAUACUACAAGAUCGCGCGGCACUACCGCUGGGCGCUCAACCAGGUGUUCCACACCUUCUCCCAGUCCACCGUGGUCAUCGUGGAGGACGACCUGGAGGUGGCGCCGGACUUCUUUGAGUAUUUCCGGGCGCUGUACCCCGUCCUGCACUCGGACCCCAGCCUGUGGUGCGUGUCUGCCUGGAACGAUAACGGCCGGGACGCCCUGGUGGACCCGUCCAGGGCGCAGCUGCUGUACCGGACCGACUUCUUCCCGGGUCUGGGCUGGAUGCUGCUGAAGGAGGUGUGGGAGGAGCUGGAGCCCAAGUGGCCCUCGGCAUUCUGGGACGAUUGGAUGCGUCAGCCAGAGCAGAGGAAGGACCGCUCGUGCGUCCGGCCCGAAAUCUCGAGAACGAUCACCUUCGGCAGGAAAGGUGUGAGUCUGGGUCAGUUCUUUGACCAGUACCUUCGCCACAUUAAGCUCAACACUGAAUUUGUGCCUUUUACCAAACAUGACCUGUCUUAUUUGCUCAAAGAGAAGUAUGACGAAAAGUUUAUCAAAGAGGUUUACGAGGCUCCGCUGGUGAAGAUGGAAGAGCUGCAGCAGACGGGGGCCCUCAGGGGCCCCGGGCCCUACCGGGUGCAGUACUCCAGCAGGGACACUUUCAAAGUGUUCGCUCGGAACCUGGGCGUCAUGGACGACCUGAAGUCUGGAGUGCCCCGCACGGGCUACAGGGGCGUGGUCAGCUUCCUGUACCGCGGGCGGCGGGUGUUCCUGGCCCCGCCGGCGGACUGGAGGCAGUACGACACCAGCUGGAGCUGAGGGGUGUGGACGAGGGGGCCGGCGCCCUCCCAGACCAAAGAAUCCCGAGGACUCACAGCUCCACCAGGAGGGAACCAGCACGCUGCUGCGGGUCCGCCGAGUCAGCCCCGCCUCCCAACGCUCUCUGGCCAUGUGCCUUGCUCUCUGGGUCCUUGUUGUUUGGUGUGUUUUUAUUCCUGUGGCCAAAUGUAGACUUCAGAUUCACUUCAUUGGAAUCAUCAGCAGUGUCAGUGAAACCUCAGAGCAGGAGGGUCACAGUGAUCCGGAUCUUCUCACGUCUCCAGGCUGUGUUCACCCUGAAAGAGUCCCCCACGGGGCGGAGCUCAGAGCAGGUCACCACACUAACAACGGGACCAUCACCGGGGGGGAGGCUUCACUCUGAUGAGAUUCAUCAGGAACUGGCAGCCUGUCUGGCAGAGUGACGAUGUUAGUCCGGUCCACCAGGCCCCCGUUGUGACCUCUGACGGCUCCUCCCUGUGUGAACGCAGCCUGGACGUGGAGAAGCUUCCGGCGCCACAUACCUGCUCUGCUUUACUGUCCCCACGGGACACCACGCUCUCAUCGCACAGCCGUGUUGUAAACAUCCCCAGCAGGACGGGAAUGCCGGCGACACAUGAAGGAGACAAGAGUGAAGGAAGCGUCAAAUGAAGCUGGAGUCAAAUUCCAGCAGAGCGGGGUGCAGGAGGCUGAGGUCUCCGUUCAGGGGUGUCUGACUCGCUUCAGCACAAGUCUAAUUCCAAACCAGGUCCUCUGUCUGGAGCGCACGUCUUCUCUGAUGCAUUUCUGCUGUUUUUCUGCAGGGAGAUGUGAAAAUGUUGAUAAUUGACUUCAAGCGAACAUGAAUUCUCCGUCUCAGUCCCACUAAUCCGCCAGCAGCUCCCAUCAGUGCCCGUCUGGGAACGCUGGGAAGCUCUGCAAAGGAACGGAGAAGCACUUUCUUCUUUUAACAAUGACGGGAGGGUCUCCAGUCCUGGACGGUCUUUGGUUCUGGAGGGUCUCCAGUCCUGGACGGUCUUCGGUUCUGGAGGGUCUCCUGUCCUGGACGGUCUUCGGUUCUGGAGGGUCUCCAGUCCUGGACGGUCUUCGGUUCUGGAGGGUCUCCGGUCCUGGACGGUCUUCAGUUCUGGAGGGUCUCCAGUCCUGGACGGUCUUCAGUUCUGGAGGGUCUCCAGUCCUGGACGGUCUUCAGUUCUGGAGGGUCUCCAGUCCUGGACGGACCCUGUAAUCAGAUGUGUUCCAGCAGAAGCAGGGCUGGAGUCCUCCCAGCCGUCCAGAUGUUGACACCCCUGCCGGAGAGGCUGAGUUGAAGCCCCGCCCUCUGCUGUGGGGGUCUUGAUGGCUGGAGGGUCUCAGAGGCCCUCCAGCUGAAGGUCUACAUGAAGGCUGUGGUUCUUGUGAAGGAUGUUGUGGGAGGUGGUGACGCAGGCGGAAAGCUUCUGGCUGCUCUGGACGUGGCUCUGGGGGUCUCAGUCCCACUCUGGAUGCUGAUGUGUAAAACCACUGCCUGACGUCUUCAUAACUUUAAUACAUUAUAAAUAAAAUCUACUAUUUUGAUAUCAGUCCACACCUUCAAAGAGUCUGUCUUCAUUGAUCCAGGACACUUUGGCUGAGUGUGUUAAAUGAAAUAAUCUGAGGUCCAGGGUGAUCUGGUCCAUGUCAGACCAGAAGAGACAGGACGGGGAUUAUGGGACCACAGAUUGGUGUGAGGACGGACGCGCAACACCGACGUCAACAGAUGAUAAAAACCAAUCCUAGUUAUAGGGGUGACAGUUGCUCAGUUGGUAGAGUCUUGUAACCAGAAGGUUGGCGGUUUGAUCCCCGCUCCCGCAGGCGUAAAACUGUCGUGUCCUUGGGCACCUUCCCUAAGUAUGGAAGUAGUGUUAGAGUGAAUGGUUGGUGGUGGUGGGAGGCACCGA